AAAGUAAUCGAUACUCAAAACAAAUAUAAUUUUGUUUUUCACAAUUUGCGAAAAGUUAAGAGAGCUGGAAACGUUCCAUACGGUUAAAAAUGUAAAUAAUAUUGUGGAAAAUUACAAAACAGCAACAUUUUUAAACUAACCAAAAGUAACGAGAAAAACAACAUCUUUCUCCGUCAAUAACAACACCAAACGACACAAAUUGUUCGUGUCUCGUCAAGCAAAGAAAUUUCUUUGUUGUGAAAUUGGAUAGAUAGAUAUUUCUGUGUGUCGUUUUUCACAACACAGACACGCAAAAGACAAAACAAAAAGAUGACGUCGAAGGGAAAAUAUUGUGGAAUACCAGCUGGAUUUGAGGAUGACGACGACAAUAGUUUGGAUGGAUUGUUAUGCUCUUCACAAAAUCUCAAAAUUACUGUAGUUCCUGACAUAACGACGGGUGCCGGAUUAAAUGGUGAAGACUUUGACAAGACCCUUAGUCCUGAAAUGGACAAUUGGUUUGAGGACUUUAAGGAGACAUUUGGAAAAUGUAAUCGCACUCCGGCAACACAGCAUCAAUUAAAAUUGGUACUUAUUAGAGAUCCUCAACCACUGUUACAGGCAUUACGAUUAUUUGCCUCAAGUCCAGGCUGUAAUUAUUUGAAAAAUAAAAAUAUGGCAUUAUUUAUACUAGAAUCCGUGUGUGAACUUUAUAAACAGCAUCCAACUAUAGAAGCAUCCUGUGAUGAUAAUACUCGUAUGGUGGCUUUUAAUUUUGUGAAAACUUGUGGCAUUGUGCCACUCUAUAAGGCUGUGACGGAAACGUAUCAAUUACACAAAAUACAAAACUACUUGAUACCAAAAUUACAAAAACUGUUGAACGAUAAGUUUUACAGAGACGCUGCAUAUUGGUCAAUAUUUUUAAAUUGCACACAUAUAUUUGGUUUAUUUGAUUUGCUAUUGCCAUUGCUGCUACAGGAUAAAAUUAAUUUGGCCGAGGAGUUUUUAAAUGUGGCUAAAGAACAGCAAUUACCUACAGUACAAUUUUUAGAUUCUCUAUUGGAUCGUAAAAAGACUGUCUAUGAAAAUUGUGAUGAAAUUCUAAAGAAAUAUAAUUAUUCCGAUGUUAAACAUAAUAUAUUAAGUUACCGUCCUAUGUCUAAACUAGUAACACGUUUAGCUAAGAAAUACAACAUUAAUCCUGAAUAUACACCGAAUUUAAAGUAUUCUAAAUCCUGUUCAUACCUGCAUUAUUUAUAUCAUAAAUAUCAAGAGGGUGGCAUGAGUCUUGAUUCGUGGCGUGAAUUGGCACGAGAAGAGGCCAAGAAAAGUAGAGCUUUACAAUUGGAUCUAAUAACUAGAAUUGUAAAUGCCGGCGAUUGGGAUGAAGCAAACUAUUGGGUACAAUUGUAUAAUAUACCACUGGAAGAAUGUCCACCACCAUUACAAAUGAAAAUGGGCAAACGUGAUACUGCUGAUAACUUGAAUGAUUCCAGUGAAUCGUCAUGGGAUGUUGCAACGACGACAACAACAACAACAUCGGUGAAAACAAAAACAAAAUACAAACAUAAUCCUCAAACCCCACAAUUGCAGAAAGAUGAUUACUUGAAAUUACAAUUGCCAACGGAAUCAAUAAUACUGGUGGACACAAAACCAAAGUUCCUUGAAAUGUUACAAUACCUAGAACAAUUUUUACUUAUCGGUUUCGAUUCAGAGUGGAAGCCUUCGGUAAACAAUGACAAUCGUGUCUCACUCAUUCAGCUGGCCACUGCGGAAAGGGUGUAUUUGGUUGAUUGUCUAUCACCCAAUCUGGAUGAUGAGUCAUGGAAAAUGAUGGGCCGUAGAAUAUUUAAUAAUUUGGAAAUUCUAAAAUUGGGUUUCUCCCUCCACUACGACUUGCAAAUGUUACACAAAUCAUUGCCUUUGCAGUUGAAUUUACAGGCAACUUCGUGUUAUUUGGAUUUACGUGAUUUAUGGCGUCGUUUGAAAUACAUGCAAAUAUCACCAUUUCCUUAUCAGCAAAUAUCUGUGGCUGGCGAAAGUCUUUGUGCCUUGACGGAGAUGUGUUUGGGCAAGAAAUUGGACAAGUCCAAUCAGUGUUCUAAUUGGGCAAAUCGUCCAUUGCGACAGGAUCAAAUUACAUAUGCUGCACUGGAUGCCCAUUGUCUACUACAAAUUUAUCAAGUUUUAGCUGAACUAUUGCUACGCAUUGGCAUUGAUAUCGAUGUUCUUGUGGAAGAAAUAACAACAUCCAAGUCGGGGUAUUUGUUUCGUAGCAAAGCCAAGAAUCAAUCUGGACCGAGUGCAACAGGUUAUGCCAGAAAUGCUCAUCAAAAUCUUAGUGAAUGGGGUCAUCACAAGCCGAAAAGUAAUAAAGCCAAAUCAUCUACCCAAACUAUUAGGUUUCUCUGUGAUUCAAUGUUAAUUGGCCUAUCUAAAGAACUGCGUAAAUUGGGCUUAGAUUCCCUGGAGAUUAAUGAACAUAAAAACGAUACACAAUUCUAUAUUGAUUUGGCGCGCAAUGAACAACGUAUUGUUUUAACACGUGAUUCACGCUAUUUAAUAUUCUCACGAGAAUUGGGACAAACUCAGUGCAUGGAUAUGCCAUGCGAUGCUAUUGAAAAUCAAGUUAUACAAAUCCUGCAAUAUUUUCAAAUUCAUGUAGACGAACGACAUCUAUUCACAAGAUGUCUGGAAUGUAAUGGUAAUGAUUUCGUACUGGCUAAUCGUUUUGAAAUGCAAUUAAUGCGGUUUGGGCAAUUGCAUCAAGACGAUAAUGGUAGCUUGAGUCAUGACAUAAAAGGGACACAAAAGUUUUGGAAUUUGCAUAAAAUAAACGAUAGCGACAUUCAGACAAAAACAACACCAAAGGGAAAUCCCAUAAAGUUGAAACGCAUCAAACCUUUUUAUCUAUACAAUAAGGACUAUUUUUAUAUAUGUGAUAAUUGUGGACUUUGCACUUGGCCCGAAGCAAAUAAAUUAAAUAAAGUUGCUAUGAGUUAUUUGUCGCAAACCCCAGCUGUGGCCGGUGCCCAGGGGACCAGCAGUACAGCAAAUACAUCUAAUUGAUUUUAUGUCAUACUGUUAUGGAUUAGUUUGAAUCUCCCAUUUUAUUAUAAUGACAUCUGCGCCCUUAUCUAGCAUUUCUGUUAGUGAAAUGCUAUUUUGGAUUCCUUCUGAGAUCUCAAAUAUUGAAUCUCUAUUAAAGUAAACAAAUCAAAAUUGAAGUACAUAUGUGAUUUAUCCUUUCAAAUACAAUUCCCUCCCAUUCUUUUUCAUUGCAUUGUUAAUAUAUCAUAUAUACAUGUGUUUACACUAUUCUAGAGUUAGUACAACAAACAAAAAUAACAAUAUAUAUAAAUGUAUGUACACAAUUAUCGAUGUGUAUGUUUCUACUGGAUUGCAAUAAAUGGAUUACCUUACAUUUUUAUUUCUAUAUUUAAUUGUAGAAUUAUA